GAGGCCACAGGAAACAGUAGCCGCACGUUAGGGGGCAGGGAGAAGGCCAGUUGGACGGAGCUUGGGACUGAGGAACCACACAGCCGUAGGACUCCGCUGAGCACCGAUGGCAACAGCCAGGAGCCUGGGCUUACUGCUCUUUCUGCUGCUGACUUCAGAUGAGAACAACGGUGAAGAGCCAAGAAACCCCGAAGAGCCAAGAAACGUCUGCCGGCUCAAGGAGGACUAUGAGUAUAACACCUUCGACUUGAGUGACAUUGCUCAGUGUUUCACCAAGUGCGGGCAAUCAGACACCAACUCCUGUGAAGUGGGGAACUUGCAGAGAUACUGGCUGAACUAUGAGUCCCAUCUGCUGGAGAAUUCCAUGGAGACCGUGGACAUGCCUUUUGUUAAGGCCUUGAUUCAGAACAUCAGCACGGAUGUCUCGGAAGACCUGCUUUACUCUCUGGUGCCCUCUCAGAUCCCGAGGCAGGUGAUGCGGGGUGAGGACCAGCCUGCAGACAGAGUCCGACUUCCCAAGAGCCUGUUUGGAGCCUUGCCUGGCAACAGGUCUGCAGUCCGGUUGGCCAUAACUAUUCUAAACAUUGGUCCAGGAAAUGUCUUUAAGGGCCCCAGGCUUCUUGAGGACAAAGGCAGCAGUGUGUUGAACAACCGCAUGGUGGGCUUGAGUGUGGGCCAGAUGCACGCCACCGGGCUGUCAGAACCUGUAGAGAUCACCUUCUCCCACCAGCAUCAAUCACCUAAUGUGAUCCUCACCUGUGUGUUCUGGGAUAUGGCUAAAGGAGACUGGGAUUCCCACGGCUGCUCCACGGAGCCGGGGGAUGGAAGAACUGUCUGCCGCUGCGACCACUUGACCUUCUUCGCCUUGCUGCUGAGGCCGACCCUGGACCAGGCCACGGCACGGACUCUCACGCGCAUCUCCCAGGCAGGCAGUGCAGUCUCCAUGAUCUUCCUGGCCUUCACCAUGGUUCUCUACGUUGCCUUCAGGUUCUCUCUGCAGAGGUUCAAGUCUGAAGAUGCCCCUAAGAUCCACAUGGCUCUGAGCACCAGCCUAUUUCUCCUGAAUCUUACCUUCUUGAUCAACGUGGGGAGCGGCUCUCAAGGCCCCCCAGCUUCCUGCUGGGUCCGAGCUGCCAUUUUCCACUACUUCCUGCUCUGUGUCUUCACCUGGAUGGGCCUGGAGGCCUUCCACCUCUACCUGCUGGUCAUCAAGGUCUUCAAUACCUACUUUGGACACUAUUUCCUGAAGCUGAGCCUGCUAGGCUGGGGCCUGCCUGUUCUUAUAGUUAUUGGUGUUGGAAGUAGCAACAGUUACGGGGUUUACACCAUCCGCGACCAGGAGAAUCGCACCUCACUGGAGCUGUGCUGGUUCCAGAAAGAGCCUGCCCUUUAUGCUACUGUCCAUGGCUACUUCCUUGUCACCUUCCUCUUCGGUGCUGUGGUGCUGGCAAUGGUGGCCUGGAAGAUCUUCACUCUGCCCAGUGUCACAGCGGGCAAAGGACAGGGGCAAACCUGGAAGUCGGUCCUCACUGUGUUGGGCCUCUCAAGCCUGGUGGGCAUGACCUGGGGACUGGCUGUUCUCACACCCCUCGGCUUGUCUACCGUCUACAUCUUCACCCUCCUAAACUCUCUGCAAGGACUCUUCAUCUUCUGCUGGUUCAUCAUCCUCUACUUCCCGACUCAGAGCACCACAACCUCCUCCUCUGGCACUGCCCGCCUGGACCAGGCCCACUCCAUGUCCCAGGAGUAGCCUAUCAGUGGCUGCCAUUUGCUCUCACCUCUGGCUGGUUUGUGGGACCACGAACAGUUACCUACUUCCUUCUAGACUCCAUUGCCUUCUCUGUACAGGAGGGAGAGGGUGGGGACCAAGCAGGGCCAUGUGGCUUCAAAGUUCCCGUUCAGGAGGCUGGAGAAAUGACUUAAGAGGACACUGGUUCAGUUCCCAGCACCCACGUGGCAUCUCUCAGCUGUCUGUGACUCUAGCUCAAGAGAUCUGACGUUCUCCUCUGGCCUCCAAAGGGCACCAGGCAUGAAGGUGUGGCAUAUAUACACGGUAGGCAAAACACUCAUACAUAUACAAUAGAAAUUUAAAGAAUAUUUUUAAAGCUCCCAUUCAGAUGUGUUCAUGGGUCCAAAAAGCCACACAUGCAGAUCUGCAGGACUCUAAAGUCCCUGAUCCGCAGCUGACAGGGUUAUCUUUACCCCUGCUGCUAAGGAGACAGAUCUCUAUGGCUAAGCAGCUGUUUUCAGUCAUGGGCCACCUCUAAUUUCACCAGGAGCCUGAGUCACAGAGGGUAGACUUGGUAAAACCCCUUAAAGGGACCCCAGGCCAUUGUUCUGUAUGUGCUAGGGGAGCAGAGGAUAGGUAUGUUUGGGGCUAUGAUGAGCUUACAUCUACCCUUGUCUUUGCCGCCUGGUUGGGGCCUAUCCUCAUUGCUUGGUGCGCCCGAGGGUUGAGGUCCUUCUAGGUGCCCAGGACACUUGCAGAAAAUGCCACGGAGAGAGUGAACUUCCAGCAACAUUCCCCCACCCCUUGCUCCACUUGGCUUCCAGGGCUGAGGUGCAAUUCUGAUCUGCUGUCAUUGUGGGGGCAGAAGGAGAGGGUUCAGAACUGGACCCAUGUCGGCUCCAUCUUAUAUAUGGCCGACGGGGGAAAGGGGAGAAAAGGCAGCUCUUCCCACACUGGCUGUACUCUUAGAAGAAACAGGUUGCUGGACAGCCUUACCAACCAUUUCAACCCAGCCUGAACAUCAAGCCAAUUAUCAUCACACAUUAAAUGUUAAUUAAAAUAAACAAAUAAUUGUUGCCCAAGCAA